GCGCUGCGGCAUACAGUCGACACAGCCAUGGAUUUACGAACGUUCAAGGCAAGUGGAGUUCCUCUGGGGUCUGUUAACUAGCUUUCUCGCCUGUUUCUCUAUCAUAGGUGGUACUACUACUGCUGGCCGUUGGUCUGCAGGCAAUGCAAAAGCCACAGGAGACGGGGAUGAAAGGUGUAGUCCGGAAUAUCCGAUCAAUGUAAACGUUCUUCUGGAUAGCAGUACUGCACUUGGAUUGCUUAUGGAAACGCUUAUGAUUAUCAAUUAAUACUAUGUGGAGGCAAUUCGGUUUCACUGUGUGACGAUGUUGCAGAUGAUAUGAAGUUGGAAACUCAUUUUAUCUCCAAGUUAUUAAACGCAUAUCCAGUUAGAAUAUUCAUAAAUAUAACAUAUUCCUUUAUGGAAUGUCAGAUGGAAAACUGUGUUGGGGAUUUAGAGCUACAACCUACCGGCAAAAAUUAUAAUCUAUACACUGGAGAAGGUAUAAUGCCAAACAAUCAUGUUCGAAACACCACAGGGGCUUCCAGUGGUACCAAACAAUUCUUCUUUGAUUCUGAGACAUUUAUUGGAUUUAGGCUUGCACUAAAAAGUGUUGGAGCCUGUGUGAAUGUGUCCAGAGUGUUGGUCUAUCAUUAUGAAUGUCCUGGUCAUGACAGACUGCCUACAACAAACCUUCUCCAUCGACCUGCCACUCCAGCUCCUGUCUGUGGUUCAGUAAUUGUCAGACCGAGCAUACUAAUUCUGUGAUGUUACUAUCCCAUACAAUACUCUUAUGUGUACAUCACAAGGAGUAUGGCUCGUUUGUGAAGGUGCUGAAAAUGAGUUCAUAUGUAAAGAAAGCAAGUCAAACUUGACAGACAUGAGGGAUAUCUCACCAUCACCAUCGUUCUCCCCCACACCUUCCCCUGCUCCUGACCAGACAUCAGUUAUGGGAGGUAGUACAGCAGUUGAAGACUGUGGUUGUGAGCCGCCUACUGCCCUCCUGGCCAUUGUGGCUGUUUUAAUAGUAGCCAUCUGUGGUCUGAUACUGUUAGUAGUGAUUCUCAUUGUAGCUCUUGCUAGAACAAACAGGAAGUUGAAACCAAGUCCAAAGGAGAGUGUUACUACUAAUGACGAUGGAACAACUGACCAGGAUGAUGAUCAGACACUGGUAGUGCCAUUUUCCAUUCCAGAAAGCAAGUCAAACUCGACAGACAUGACAUCCACCAUCCCAUCUUCCCCCACACCUUCCCCUGCUCCUGACCAGACAUCAGUUAUGGGAGUAGUGGCUCUCAUUGUAGCUCUUGCUAGAACAAACAGGAAGUUGAAACCAAGUCCAAAGGAGAGCAGCAAUGACAGAGAGCUAUCCAACCCUGUUUACGAUCCAUUGGCUUGCAACGUAACAUCCACUGCUCGUGUUACUACUAAUGACAAUGGAACAACUGACCAGGAUGAUGAUCAGACACUCCACCAUUUUUCCAACAUCCUCUAUCACACUCCCCAAGUCCUCAGUAAUAACACUUCUGCUGUGUCAUGAGUCAUAUUAUGCUCCCCGCUCACACACCCCACCUUACAAAGUACACAAUCGGACCCUUAAAUGAACUGUGUGUCAGAAAAACUGUUAUGUUAGACACCUACACACACUAUGUAUACUGCAUAAUAGGUACUGAAACUCAUUGCCACUAAAGUGUACCAUAGAUGUGUGGUUUUUUUAAAAAAAACAACAAGCCAAUAAACAUCUUCUGAUAGCUGUGGUCAGAGUGGCAAUUCCCGUAAUUGGAAACACUCACCAGCACAGCAAUGCCCAUACAUUGUCUAGUAAAGAUCAUCAGUCCUAUGACAGUUGCACUGAUUCACAUAAAGGGAAAUGUCUGGUGGGUUC